AUGGCCGCCGCCGGCUCCCCGAUCCGCGAUGAUGAACUUAUCGAUCACAUCCUGACCGGCCUCGGCUCCGCCUACAACUCCACCGCCGCCUCCUUGGGCGUGAGUAACGCACCCAUGCCCUACUCCAGCUUUUACUCACUGGUUCUGUCAUUCGAGGCGCUGCAGGCACAGCAGAGUGCGGUUCACGAGCGCUAUGACGGCAACGAUCAGGUUCAGGUGGCCAAUGGUGCAGGCGAUAUGGCUUUGUGUUAUCCUCAGGUACCUGUUGCUACUCCGCCACCUCCUGAUGUGCCCGACGUGCAUGCUCAGGACAUGCAUGUCACGCCGCCCGAUGCAGGCGCGGCUGCCUCGCCAGAUGGCGAGACCGCGGACGCGGCUGGGUCGCCACCCUCGCCCGGUGCGUCGCCCGGGCUGCCACCCUCGCCUGGGCCGAUCCAGCCCCCGGUCGUCCCUCGGCCCGUGUCGCCUCUCACUGAGGUCUCCUCAGCCGCGACACCCCUGGACGAGCCCUCGUCGCCGUCGUCUUCUUCUACUGGUGAUGCCGCUCCGGGGCAUGCUAUGGUUACACGCCAUCGUGAUCAUACGCGCAAGGAGAAGUCUUACACUGAUGGCAUGGUUCGGUAUGACUCUCGCCGCCGUGCCUUCUUCGUCGCGCCAGUUUCCCAUCGUGAUGCUUCAGGUGAACCUGCCUGGCGUCCCGCCAUGUCUGAGUAG